CGCCUCGUCUCUAAGAUGGCGGCGGCGCUGAGGGCAGGUUACCUGGCGGCCCGACGGCUCCUCUGGGCCGCGCCUGGCCGCCGCCUUGUGCGGGGCUCAGCCCCAGCGACCCGGUCCAUACAACUUGGGACAAGCAGAUUCAGGGCCACCAAGGCGGCAACGCAAAUAGUGUUAAAUGUUCCUGAGACUAAAGUGUCUUCUCUGGAAAAUGGCCUGAGAGUAGCUUCUGAAGAUUCUGGACUCUCAACAUGCACAGUUGGUCUUUGGAUUGAUGCUGGAAGCAGGUAUGAAAAUGAGAAGAACAAUGGAACAGCUCACUUUCUGGAACAUAUGGCUUUCAAGGGGACAAAAAAGAGAUCUCAGUUAGACCUGGAACUAGAGAUUGAAAACAUGGGAGCUCAUCUUAAUGCCUACACAUCCAGAGAACAAACUGUGUAUUAUGCAAAGGCUUUCUCAAAGGACUUGCCAAGAGCUGUGGAGAUUCUUGCUGACAUCAUACAGAACAGUACACUGGGGGAAGCAGAGAUCGAGCGGGAGCGAGGAGUUAUCCUUCGAGAGAUGCAGGAAGUUGAAACCAAUUUGCAGGAAGUUGUCUUUGAUUAUCUUCAUGCCACAGCCUAUCAGAACACUACACUGGGACGGACAAUAUUAGGACCCACUGAAAACAUCAAAUCCAUAAAUCGCAAUGACUUGGUGGAGUACAUAACAACACAUUAUAAAGGACCUAGGAUAGUGCUGGCUGCUGCUGGAGGAGUCUCUCAUGAUGAAUUGCUUGAUUUAGCAAAUUAUCAUUUUGGUAACUUACCAUCUACUCAGGAAGGAGGAAUCCCAGCCCUACCCCCUUGCAAAUUCACAGGUAGUGAGAUUCGUAUACGAGAUGACAAGAUGCCUUUGGCACACAUCGCAAUAGCUGUCGAAGCAGUUGGCUGGUCUCACCCAGAUACAAUUCCCCUUAUGGUAGCAAAUACUCUGAUAGGCAACUGGGAUCGUUCCUUUGGAGGAGGUGUGAAUUUAUCCAGCAAGCUUGCCCAGAUCACUUGCCAUGGCAACCUGUGUCAUAGCUUCCAAUCUUUCAACACCUGUUACACUGAUACUGGACUGUGGGGGCUCUACAUGGUUUGUGAACCAUCCACUGUACAGGAUAUGAUGCACUUCGUUCAGAGAGAGUGGAUACGACUCUGCACAAGUGUUACUGAAAGUGAAGUAUCUCGAGCCAUGAACCUUCUAAAAACAAAUAUGCUGUUACAGCUUGAUGGGUCCACCCCCAUCUGCGAGGAUAUUGGGAGACAGAUGUUGUGUUACAAUCGUAGAAUUCCAAUUCCUGAACUUGAAGCAAGAAUUGAAGCUAUUGAUGCCCAGACCAUAAGAGAGAUUUGCACAAAGUACAUUUAUGAUAAGUGCCCUGCCAUCGCUGCUGUGGGUCCAAUUGAACAGCUUCCAGAUUACAACAGAAUCCAUAGUGGCAUGUACUGGCUACGUGAUUAGGAACACAUGGUAAAUGUUUUAAUGAGGAUACCAGAUUUCUAAAGCAGUUGUCACAAGGCAUGAAGACAGACAUUUGAUUUCCACCCUCCCCCCUCCAACCAACUUCAGUACCUAAAGCCCUCCCAUGGGAAACAGUGUCCAAAAAUUACAUAACCAUCACUUAGGGGGAAGUCACCUUGACAGUUAUUCCUUACCCUCUUGUACUUGGGGAAACUAAUUUCAGAACGUUAACAUUAUGUGUAAUUUGUCUAAAGAAUAAAAACAUGUACAGUA